UAACCGUUUCAUUCAUAGAAAAUUGACCUUUGUUGAGUUCUGGUUAAGGUUUGACACAGCUUUGGAGUGCCAGCGCCAAGAGGAGUUGAAAGCCGAUAAUGCAAGUCUUCAUAGCACUCCUAAAUUGAUGACACCAUGGGCCAUGGAGAAGCAAUGUAGAGGGAUAUAUACACAUGAAGUUUUUAGUAAAUUUCAGGAACAACUCAUAGCUGCAAGAGACCAUUGCAUUUUUCAAGGUACUUCAGAGUGUGAAGAUAUAAGAUCUUUCACCAUCAGCAGCCUAACUGGAAAAGAUCGAGUUGUUCAUAUGAACAAGUCAAACAUGUUUGGUAUGUGCUCGUGUAAAUUUUAUGAGUCAUAUGGUAUCCCGUGUCGUCAUAUCAUACAAGUGCUUCGAGUCGAGAAGCAAAAUGAGAUACCAUCACUUUAUAUUAUGAAGAGAUGGAAGACAAGAUGCAAAAGGGAACUAUUCUUUGAUGAGGAAGGGAACCUACUAGAUGAAAAGCCUAAGGAUCCUAUGGAGGUGGCAAUGCGAAAAAAGAUUUCAGAAUCACGCAACAAGUUUGAAGAUCUUAUUCAAAUGGCCAAGACCUCAGAACAAGGGAUGGAUUUUUUAUAUUCUAGUUUAUCCAACCUCGUAGAACCUCUCCAACAAAUCACGCCUGCAAUGAGAAUUGAUAAAAAGGAGGAGUAUGAAACUUUUCUGGGUAAUAAAAUUCCAAAUGAGGUCGAUAUACAUCCACCAACUGAUAUCACAUCAAAAGGGAGAAGCAAAAGAAUUAAAAAGGGAAAGGAGAAGAACGCUGGAAGUGGAGGUCAGGGUAAAAAUAACCGAAAAUGUCGAAAAUGUAACCAAGUUGCGAAUCAUGAUGCGCGCAAUUGUCCAAACAAUGUUGUUGGCUGAUAUGUUGUUGGCUGUCCGACAACACAGAGUUUGUUACGUUUGGUUUGUUUUUUUAUUCAGAAUAACAUAUACUGACUUUAUUGUCAUGAUCUGUGUAUUCCUGGAAGUAGAAGAUUAAAAAAAUAGACUCUUGCUUUAUG